AUGUUUCACGUAAGGCUCAGCUGCACACUGUUGCUGGCAGCGACCUGUUUGCUCAGCAGAGCAGAUGCUUCCAUGGAGAAAGCUGUCACCUGUGACAUGGGCGUUGUCCAGCGGUUGAGCUGUGAAAAUGGAGUGAUCAGUGUGGAAGCAGCUCUGUACGGACGUGCAGACGGAGAGACCUGCAGUGAGGACAGACCUCAACAACAGCUUAACAACACAGAGUGCUCUCAGCAGGGAACCGUGGACGUCCUCAGGAGGAGGUGUGAUGGGAAGAAAGUGUGUGAACUGAGCGUGACUGACGUCCAAAGUCCUGACCCUUGUGUCGACACCUACAAAUAUCUGGAGACCAGCUACACCUGUUUACCUGCAAGUCACCUGGUCACAUGCGAGCACUCGUUUGCACACCUGCACUGUGAUGAAGGGCAGUCUAUCCUCGUGUACGGGGCUCACUAUGGUCGCCACGAUCAGACCACAUGCUCCUACAGACGUCCGGCCUCUCAGGUCCAAAAUGUUUACUGCUCCCGUCCCACCAGCAAAGUUGCUGAGAGCUGUGACGGGAAGAACAGCUGCACCAUCAGAGCGAGUAACUCGGUGUUUGGAGACCCCUGUGUUGGCACAUACAAAUACCUCGAGGUGGCUUACAUCUGUCAGUAUCUAACAUGAACGGAUUUAAAAUGCAGUUUUAUGACAAUUUUUG